GGAGAUGCGACGGAUGAAAAAGAAAGCGGUCUAAACAGCUUUCCCUGCCACCGAUAAUAUUGUCCGGCCGGGUAUAAAUGGAGCCACGCUUGUCCCUGACCUUCACAACACACAUCGUUUAUGCAGCAAACAUGAGCACAUCUCAGCAAAUGCAGGUCGUAUUCCUCGUGCUGGCGGUCGCCGCUACUCACGCUUACCCUCCGAGCUUCGGCAGAUACCAAAAGAAGGACGGUCAGGAAGGUGGUGACUCAGGUUUGGGCUCCAUCAAGAAAGGCCAAGAAGCCCUGUCUGCGCAGCACGCCGUCGAGGACGACUACCACAAGCCAUCCUACAAGUUCGAAUACACGGUGAGCGACCCUCACACUGGCGACCUCAAGAAGCAGUGGGAGCACCGCGAGGGUGGCGUGGUCAAGGGUCUGUACAGCCUGGUGGAGCCGGACGGCUCCCUGCGCACCGUUCACUACGAGGCUGACCCCAAGACCGGCUUCCACGCCACCGUGCACAAGACGGGCGUCAACAAGCACCCGGCGCCGACGAAAAAGCAGCUCGCCCCAGCAGUGCACAAGAACUACUUUUCCGCCGGCUUCGGAGGAGAAGAAGAAUCUUCGUUCAGGCAGUGAUCGCAUGUUUCAUUUGUUCUCUAGAUUUUCAUCAUAUAUUUAAAUCAUCUACUUUUCAUAUUUUUUCAAGCUUUGUUUCAUCGCUUCUUUUAUAAUAAAACAAUUUACUCCUGAAUAAGA